ACACUACACCCCCACCUACAUAUAUAUUCUUCCUCUCUUUCUCUCUCUCAUCUUUUCUCUCUCUCUCUCUCUCCCUCUCUCUCUAUCAAUCUCCUCCAUAACCAAAAACACUCUUCAAUAAGUUUUUCUAUAUCAUUCAGAGCCACCACCUUCUCUUCUUCUUCUUCUUCUUCUUUCUUUCUUGGAUUUGAGUCUUUCUUUCACUUUGGUUUUGGUCUUCAAUUUUUAUCAUGGAGGGUCAUCAUCUCCAACAUCAUCACCACCAUCAUCAGCGGCAACAUCAUCAUCAACAACAACAGCAGCAUCAACACCCUCAUAACAUGACAACUAGUGUUAACGUGGAUGUGACGGAUAGGUUCCCCCAAUGGAGCCUUCAAGAGACAAAAGAGUUUCUCGUGAUCCGUGCAGAGUUGGAUCAGACUUUCAUGGAGACAAAGAGGAACAAGCAACUUUGGGAAGUCAUCUCCAACAAGAUGAAGGAAAAGGGUUACCAUAGAAGUGCAGAGCAGUGCAAGUGCAAGUGGAAAAACCUCGUUACCCGCUAUAAGGGAUGUGAAACGAUGGAGCCAGAGGCUAUGAGGCAGCAAUUUCCAUUUUACAAUGAGCUUCAAGCGAUUUUCACUUCAAGGAUGCAGAGAAUGCUGUGGGCUGAAGCAGAAGGAGGGUCAAAGAAAAAAGGGGUGCAGCUAUCUUCUGAAGAAGAAGAUGAAGGCAAUGAAGAGAGUGAGGGGGAUCACAAGGGUAGUAGCAGCAGGAAGAAGAAAAAAGGUAAGAUGGUUGGUGGAGGAGGUAGUGGUAGUGGGAAUAAUAGCGGUUUGAAUAGUUUGAAGGAGAUUCUUGAGGAGUUCAUGAGGCAACAAAUGCAAAUGGAAGCACAGUGGAUGGAAGCAUUUGAGGCAAGGGAGAAUGAGAGGAGGUUGAAGGAGAUGGAGUGGAGGCAAACCAUGGAAGCAUUGGAGAAAGAGAGGAUAAUGAUGGACCAAAGAUGGAGAGAGAGGGAAGAACAAAGAAGGAUUAGAGAGGAAGUUAGGGCUGACAAGAGAGAUGCUCUUAUCACAACUCUGCUAAAUAAGCUAAGAAGAGAAGAGAUGUAGUAGUUUCUUUGCCUAGCUCUAGCUAACUUUGUAUGUGUUUCUUCUUCUCAUCAAGCAAAGCUUAAUUUAAGAUCAAGGUUUGUUCCAAAAACUCUCAAUUUUAUUAUAUAUCUUGGAGGUUAACUUUAUGGUCUUGUGGUUAGGAUUUUCUCUCUCUAUUUUUUUUUUGUUGGCACUCGGCAAAUAAUUACAUAUGUUUUUUUUUUGGGUCAUGCAACUCUGUUAUCAUUGAGAGAAGACCAAUGUUUAUCCCAACAUCAAUGUUUUCAUAGAGAUUC